CCUAAUCUCAUCCUCUCACCCUUCGCCGCCCUCACUUUUCGUCGCCGCCCUCACCUUUCGUCGCCGCUAACCCUUGCCCUCCAUCGGCGCCGCCUACUCAACCGUUGCUGUCUCUCCUACUUAGCAUCACCCUCAGUCGGGAUCAGCCCUCACCCCCUUCCCCUUCGCCCUCAGCCCUCACCCCCUUCCUUAUCUCCCUCAAUCGUCAGACGUUGCUCUCAACCCUCACCCUCUUCCUUAUCGUCCUCAAUCAUCACACGUUGCCCUCAACACUUACCCCCUUCCCUGUCACCCUCAACUUGAUUAUAGGAACAUCAGUUUGGUUCUGUGGUGGAAGGUUGGUUUUCUACAUAACAUUAUAAGCUAGGCUUUGAAGAAAUCCUUAAGAGGAGCUGCUGGAAUUGGGUUUACACUACGGUGAAAGCUGACAAGUUAUGUCUGUAGAAGAGUCAUCUGUUCCACUUACCGUAAAUAGUGCCAUAGCUGAAAGUAAUGAAGUUAAUCUUGAGACCAACAAGGAAAUUAUCACAGCUAGUCAAAAAACACAAGAAAAUGCUAAAGAAAAAGAGGAAGAGGGGUUCAAAACAAAUAAAAGGAAAAAAAUUUCAGAAGUGUGGAAUGAUUUUGACACAAUUGAUGGAUCAAAGAAAGCCAAAUGUAAACAUUGUCAAUCCCUUUUUACAUUGGGUAAAUCAGGGCCCACAUCAAGUCUUUUGAGGCAUAGAUUACAUUGUGUGAAGAGAAAAAUUUAUUUGCGAGAAGCUGAACAACAAACAAAGUUGAAUUUUUUGCCCACUGAUUCAGCUUCACCAUCCAUUCUUACUUUGCAUUCUGGAAAAUUUGACAUGGAACAAAUGAGGGAGGCAGCUGCUCAUUGGAUUAUGAUGCAUGAACAUCCAUUCACCAUUCUUGAUGAAGAGGGGUUCAAUUUAAUGAUGAGGCGUGGAAUGCCUGAAUGGCAAAAAAUUAGUAGGACGACAUGUAGAGCAGAUUGUAUGAAAAUUUAUGAGAUUGAGAAAAAGAGGUUGAAGAAAAGUCUUGAAUGCAUUGAUAAAAUAAGUUUGACAACAGAUUGUUGGAAGUCAAAGACUCAAAAAAUUGAAUACAUGGUUGUCACUGGGCAUUGGAUUGAUUCUUGUUGGAAUUUGCAAAAGAGAGUUUUAAGUUUCAUUAACAUUCCACCACCAAGGGGAGGUCUUCAAAUUUCUGAUGCCAUUUUUAAGUGCAUGAAAGAGUGGGGCAUUGAAAACAAGGUUUUCACUAUUACUGUUGAUAAUGCUUCAAGUAAUGAUUUGGCCAUUCGAUACAUGAAAGAUACCAUUCAAAGAUCUAGAACAUUGGCAUGUGAAGGAAAUUUAUUUCAUAUUCGUUGUUGUGCACAUAUCUUGAACUUGUGCGUUCAAGAUGGGUUGAGGGAGAUUGAAGAUAUUAUUAGUAAUAUAAGGGAAAGUGUAGAAUAUGUAAAUCGUUCAGAGGCAAGACGUAUGCAAUUUACAGAGUGUGUGCAACAAUUGCAGUUGAAGGAUAAAAGAUUGAUUUGUGAUUGCAAAACUAGGUGGAACUCAACUUUUGAAAUGUUAAGUUGUGCACUCAAGUUCAAAGAAGUUUUUCAAAUGUUCAAAGAACGUGAUCACUUUUAUGGUUGCUGCCCUCAAGAAGAAGAAUGGAAUAAAGCUCAAAAGAUUUGCUCACUGUUGGAGGCUUUUUGGACAGCCACACACAUUAUUUCAGGUAGUGAGUAUCCUACUUCAAAUUUAUUUCUUCAGGAAGUUCAAAAAAUAAAGUCAUCAUUGGAUACUUAUGCACAACAUGAAGAUUUGUUUCUUAAGCAACUGGCUAGUAAAAUGAAAGAAAAAUUUGACAAGUAUUGGGGUGAUUGUAAUCUAUUGAUGGCUAUAGCUGCUGUGUUAGAUCCAACCAAAAAAAUGCUUGCUGUUGAGUUUUGCUUCCCUAAGCUUUAUUCUGAAAUAGAUGCCUCUAAGCAUAUCUCAAAAGUUAAGGAGAUAAUUAAUUCUCUUUAUGAAAAGUAUGUUGCUGAAGAAACUAAUAAAGGAGCGCCUCAUCCAUCUGAGUCUGAGAGUUUUGGUUCUUCAAGUGUUAAAAGAAAUCAACAAAGUUCUGUGUAUAGUUGGGAUGAUUUUGAUGACUAUUGUGCAAAAGUUGAAACUUCGGAGACUAAGAGAUCUGAAUUGGUAGAUUAUCUUGAAAAGGGUCGUCUUAAGAAGAAUGAGAUUCCUAAAAUAUUUUCGUGUUUAGAAUGGUGGAAGAUGAAUAGAAUGCAAUAUCCAAUAUUGUCAAAGAUGGCAGCUGAUAUUUUAGCUAUCCCAAUGAGUUCAGUGGCUUCAGAAGCAACAUUUAGUGCAGGGACGAGAGUUAUUGAUUCUUAUCGUUCAUCACUAUCUCCGGACACAGUGCAAGCUCUUCUAUGUGGGGGUGAUUGGCUUCGAAAGAUACAUGGACUGAAAAAAAAGACUAAAAAAGAGAAAACUUACCAGGAAAUUUUUCUUCCAGUAUCUACCUCUUAAAAACAAGUCAUUGUCAUCCAAUCCAUGUAAUGAAGACGAAGGUAUUAUAGUUGAUUAUUAUGGUUUGAAUGCAGUGCAGGUGAUAUAACUGAGAAUUUGAUUGAAUGCAGUGCAGGUGAUAUAACUGAGAAUUUGAUUGAAUGCAGUGCAGGUGAUAUAACUGAGAAUUUGAGAUGAAGGAAGAUAUUGAACGUGGCAAAAAUUUGAUAUUUUGAGCAGCUAAUCAAUUUGGAUUUUGGAAUAUCAUCUAUGUUGGUCAUUAUGUUUUGAUGUUCAGUAAUUUGACUUUUUAUUGGAGAAACAGAUAAUUAUAUUUUGAUCAAUUUUAUGGAUGAAGAUGAUACUGAACAUUGUAGAAAAUUGAUAUUUUGAGCAGGUUUAGAUUUUGGAAUAUCAUGCUUUUGGGUUUAGUGUAAAACUGUAAACUAUAUCGGGUCAUUUUUUGAUGUUCAG